GGAAAUUAUUGGAUACGUUGAAAGUAUUGAGGCUUCGCGAACUAUUUGUAAAGAUAACGAAAGCUACAGACUUUUUAAAUUUUUUAUUAAUAAUGGUACUGGGAAAAAGAUCCAGGUAGUAGCAUGGAAUGAUGAAGUGGAUCGAAUCGAACAGCUUGUUCGAACUAAUUCUAUUGUUCAUUUGGAUGGAGCGCAGGCAAGAAAACCUAGAAAUGAAAAAUUUAAUCAAGGAAAUGUCGAAUUUGAAUUAUUAAUUCAAAGAGGAACAGUAAUUACUACUUUAGGGAAUUAUCAUUCAAAAUUGGAGCAAACUGAACCACAUUAUGUAAAAUUAAGUGAAGUUAUGAACACCUCGCAUCGUAUUAUUCUGGAAGCAUAUAUUAAAACGAAUUUUAUAACAAAAUAUCAUCACAAGUUGAACAAGCACAUAGGAUGCGGGUCAGUUUCAGAUGGAUUCUAUAAACUUGAAACACAUAUAACGAAUUUCAACGAAAAAGAAUACUCAGCAUUGAAGUAUAACAAAGGAGACAAAGUUGAAAUUACAGGAACCAUGCAAAAUUCAUCUAUUCCACCAUAUCUAAUAGUUGAUAAUGUACAUGAUAUAAAACGUAAAGAUGGAAAAAUGUCUCUCAUUCAAUUGUAUAAGGCUAACGAAACAUUCAGAAAAAGAAAAGCAGAUGACAAUGAGGUAUAA